AUGCACUGCCAAGGCGGGCUCCGGCUGCCUUCCCCGGGCCAGCUGAAAGCAGCCAGGCGGCGCUACAAGACCUUCAUGAUCGACGAGAUCCUCUCCAAGGAGACCUGCGAUUACUUCGAGAAACUCUCGCUCUACUCCGUCCGGCCCUUCUCUGGUCGUCCGGCCCAAAGCUUGCACUCCUGCACCGGCUCCUCUUCUCUACGGGCUUAUCCGCUCAUCUCUGUCAUCACCAGGCAGCCUUCAGCAGUCUCUCACUUCAUUCCUGCAGUGAGCACCUCUCGAGUUCUCUCACCGCUCCCACCUUCGGGAAACACCUGUUCAGAGACCCACGCCAAUGAAACCCAUGGAAGCAGUGAAUCCGAGACCGAGCAGCCCAGCCUCCCUUUGAAAAAGCCUCGCCGCAGCCGGACCAUCUUCACAGAGUUGCAGCUGAUGGGACUAGAGAAGAAAUUCCAAAAGCAGAAGUAUCUCUCCACCCCAGACAGGCUGGAUCUUGCUCAAUCACUGGGCCUUACUCAACUCCAAGUGAAAACCUGGUAUCAAAAUCGCAGGAUGAAAUGGAAAAAAAUGGUCCUGAAGGGAGGACAGGAGGCCCCCACAAAACCCAAAGGCCGCCCAAAGAAGAAUUCCAUUCCCACCUCAGAGGAAAUCGAAGCAGAAGAAAAGUUGAACAACCAAACUCAGCCAGAGGUCUCAAAGGAAAGCCAAGCAGAAGAAGACUGUGGGUUGACCAAGGAGCAUUUGAGCUCCUCUUCAGAUACCGACGGAUCUCUUAAACACAUAGCAGAGGCAUCUCCAGGGCUGGCAACCUCAACUUAAGAGCCAACUCAAAGCUCCCCUCAAGGGACAAGGCAUAAACUGGAUUUCCCCGCACCUUGUGCCUUAAGAAAUCGAUUAGUGUGAUAAGCGACGGUUGGAUGAGGAGAUCCUACGUUAACCAGGAUGAUUUCUUGACUCCCAGGGUCAAAUAUACACUUUCUCUACACAUAUCCUGGGAUCUGAGUAAUUCUGCAAAUAAACUACAUGCUUAGAGAUUGGCGCUUCCGAAACACCACAAGCGAAUCAACUCCUCAUGUUUCCACGAGGAGAAGCAUUUUAAGGACUUCAGCAUGCUGAAGAUACUGGUUCUUUAUCUUGCCAUAACUGAUGUUGUUGUUGUUGUUGUUAUUAUUAUUAUAAUUAUUAUUCAGAAUGCUUUAAAUUGGAUUCUAAGGGCAACUACCAAAGACAGAGAGAACAGGAUUCCCACUGCAUUUUGUAAAAGUGCUAAUGCAAAAUAUUUUUCAGGGGGUCAUUCAAAAUAGGGGGAUGUCCCUGGUCCCCCCAUUAUGCUGGCCAGAGAGUGAUCUUGGCGGCAGUGAAGCAAAAUAUUAAUUAUAUUCUUGGAUUGUGAGUCUCAGGUGAGCUAAUUUCCUAAAAGAUCAUUUAAGCCACCAGGAAAGAGGAAAGAAGCAAAUAUCCUAGGAAGAGCUGCCUUGACAGCCAAUAUAUUGAUUUGAUCAACAAUGAUCAGGGGCUGGUUUUAGCCACUCAGUAGGCUGAAGUUGCAAUCCAGAACUAUGGCUGAUACACAUAGCUCCGCACUGGCUACUCUUUGUCCCCAUUGCACUGUAAGUAAACUAUAUUGUCCCAUACAGUGGUGGGUUCCUACCGGUUCGGACCAGUUCAGCCAAACUGAUAGUGGCUUG